AUGGCAGCAAAAUCUGAUGGUGUUGGGGUCGUUACCGGUUUCGCCCAACUGCACAACCAGGACGAAACAGGGGGGAACGGAGACGAGGAUGCUUUGGACAGCGCGGCUAUACAUAUCUGCCAUUGCUGCAACUCCUCGUCUUGUUACUGGGGCUGUCGAAGCGCCUGCCUGCACUCCCUCUUGGGGAAGGGGAAUGCAGCCAGGCGGCCGCAGCCAGAGGAGCGCCUGUGGUUGGACUGUCUGUGGAUCGUCGUGGCGUUGCUGGUGUUCUUUUUGGAUGUAUUUACGGACGUGUGUUUAGCCAUCGACUAUUAUUACAAAAGAGACUAUGUGUGGUUCGGGCUUACACUUUUCUUUGUGCUGGUUCCUUCGGUGCUGGUCCAGAUUCUAAGCUUCAGGUGGUUCGUUCAGGAUUACACUGGGGGUGGGCUCGGGGAUGUCGAAGGACUCAGCCGGACAGUAACAGCAGGACUGAGCGCAGGCAUCUAUAACAGGGACAUGUGCUGUCAGAUCUCCAUCUGGAUAUGGCAAAUAUUUGUCCACAUUCUUCAGAUGGGGCAAGUGUGGAGAUACGUCCGCACUAUGUACCUGGGUGUCCAGAGCCGGCGUCAGAUGAAACACAGGCGCCGCUUCUACUGGGCUAUGAUGUAUGAGUAUGCUGAUGUGAGCAUGCUUCGGCUGCUGGAAACCUUCUUGGAGAGCGCCCCCCAACUGGUGCUACAGCUCUGCAUUAUGAUUCAGAAGAACCGAGCAGAGACACUGCAGUGUGUGUCCUUAUUGGCAUCACUGCUCUCCUUGUCCUGGGUCUUGGCCUCCUACCAUAAGCUCCUGAGGGACUCCAGAGAUGACAAGAAGAGUAUGAGCUAUCGAGGUGCUCUCAUUCACAUAUUCUGGAGGCUCUUCACUAUCUCCUCACGGGUGCUCUCCUUCGCCCUCUUUGCUUCUAUCUUCCACAUCUACUUUGGCAUCUUCGUGGUAGUGCACUGGUGUGCCAUGGCGUUCUGGAUUGUGCAUGGCGGCACGGAUUUCUGCAUGUCCAAGUGGGAAGAGGUGCUGUUUAACAUGGUGGUGGGCAUCGUCUACAUCUUCUGCUGGUUCAACGUGAAGGAAGGCAGAACCAGGUACAGGAUGAUGAUCUAUUACUUCGUGGUGCUGGCUGAGAACACCGUGCUUACCUGCCUGUGGUACGCAUACAGGGACCCGGCCACUACAGACUCUUAUGCAGUACCAGUACUCUGUGGAGUCUACCUAAGUUUCGCCUCAGGAGUGGUCUUCAUGGGCAUCUACUAUGGAGUCCUUCACCCCAUGGGCCCUAGGAUCAGGGUACUAGCCAGCUCUUGCUGUGCUGAGCUCCUCUGGGGCCUCCCAUUACCACCCGAGGCUGAGCCAAUGGCCCCCACCCCUGGUCCCCAUGCCUCCCAGCCCAUCCCAUCCCGGGUGUCCUCGCUGGGAUAUGGCCAGCACGAUGACUCAGCAGCAGACACCUGCCUGCCUGUGUUCCAAGUGCGCUCCCCUGAGCCCACCACACCUUCAGGCCGCUACAGACCUGAGGGGCCCCUCAUCAAAAUUGACAUGCCCCGGAAGCGCUACCCAGCCUGGGAUGCUCACUUUGUGGACAGGCGCCUUAGGAGAACUAUAAAUAUCCUGCAGUUCAUUACCCCUGCGGCUGUAGGGAUUCGUUACAGGGAUGGCCCACUGCUUUAUGAGUUCCUGCAGUACGAGUCCUCCCUGUGACCACAUGCUGUCUCUUCCACCCCUUCUCUCUGACUCUCAAUCUCCUUGCUCACACCAUCCAUUCUGUCACAUGCUUUUGUUUUCUUUUUUAAUUUUUCAUAUAUUUAAAAUAUAUUUUUUGCAUUUAAUGUUUUUAACUUAAUAUCAGUGAAUAAUUUAAAUAUGUGAAACUUGAUCAUAGUGUUUUACACUUACAAACUGAGUGUGUAUUUAUUUGUACAUAAGCCUUUUCUUUUUUAAUGUUCUGUUUAAAAAUGUCAGCUACCCUUUGAAAUAAUACAUCUUCAACCAUGGUGUUUACAGUGUGAGCUAAAACUAUUACACUGGAAAAAUGGAGGUAGAUCAACCAUGUCAGCAACUCCCAUCAAUUCCUUUUUUUCUGAAGAAGCAGACCACUACCUUCCAUUGUACCUCUUGAGUUACUGUUAUAUUUAGUUGUCUUCCUCACUGUGUUUGUCAGCUUGUCAGUGUGCUGAAGGGUUCCAGUUUUGGCUGGAUCUUAGACUGACCUCUGCAGGCAAAAGCUUACAACCGUUUAGACUGAUUACUCAAUGGCAUUCAUUGUCUGACUGCCUUAAAAUAAAAGGGAAGUUGUUUCAGAAAUAUUACUCAUGGAAGAUAUACCUCAUUAACUCACUAUCGCACAGCUUUUAGUAAAAAACCUCAUAGCCCAUUUUCCACAGUAUGUUAAAUAUGUAUUAACAUUAUAUUAAAUAUUUAUGGACAGUUUAUAAGGUAAGUCCACAAUGUUCUCUGAAGUAAGUUCCUUUGUACACAGCUGAGAAAUAUAUAUGGUACUUCAAAAGAUUAUGUUUUUGCCUGUUGGGCAGUCCUUACUUGCUCAGUGAAAAGCACAGUAAAGCCCUCCCAGAGGCAGCUUUGUGUGAAUGGUCUGGUAGUUCUCCUCCAUUCUUCCUGGCUCCCUGCAAGCGUUUUCUGGCUAGAAUUCCAAGUAAUAGAUUUAUGAGGUGCAAUUGUUUGUCAGGGGUUCCAUAUGGAAUCAUGACAUGCAAUUUUUUUCAAUGUUGCAAAUUUUUUUACCUUUACUUUUAUCCAAGGUAUAUUGAACAGCUAAACUGAUAGAGAUAGAAAGUAUCUUUUGGCAGAAUAUAUCUCAAUGGUUUUCCACAGAGGAAGAGACCACAGCAGUGUUUCACAGCAGGACUUUCCUAAUUGGCUCUGCCCAAGAGGACACUUUCCCAUGGCACAGGGCUUGCUGCCAUCAUCUGAACAAUACAAGGCCAAAUCACAUCCACUACUGUAAUCUGUUGCAAUCCUCUCUGCCAUUGGUGCACCCAGCCACCUGUCAGCAACAUCUUUACCGUGGAUAGGUGCUUAGAGCAAAAUCUUUCAGCUGUUGUACCUAGGCAAGCUGUUAAUUGGUUUAUAUGGUGCUACAUUUUUACAUAAUUUGGCACUUGGUCAUAUCCUUUUGCGGUAAUAAAAUAGCUUGAAUGGUUCGGUAACACUGCUGAACUUGAUUUUAUUUGUUUGCUUGUUUCUAAUCCAGUGUGUAUAUUUGCAUUCUGUGCAUUAUCCAAGAAAAUGUUUUUCUGCCCGUUUGUCAUAAUGUAAUUUUGUACAUGUUGACGGGAAUAUGUAUCACUUAGUUCACAAACACAUUGCUGUGGAUAUGAACACAGGUCAAGGUUGGCUUGGUGCACCAUAUUUAGGAGAUCACUGCUGUCUCUAACUCCGUUGUGCCUGCAAAGACCCUAACCACAUGCCAUGCAGGUGCAUCCAAUGAGUCGAAGGGUUCUUGCCAGGGAUGGAGCCCAGGGGAACAGCCUAUAGGGGUUUAUAUUACUGGAGAGAAACCAGGUGCUAAGGUAAAUGGCUCUUUUUCCUCUCAAUAUUUAAUAAUUUUUUAAAAGAUACCUAACAUUAAUUAGAUGAAUUUUAAAAGGAUGUGAUGGGGUAAUAGAAGCUCUUGUAUGCUGAGUCUCUUGGGUUGACCCUCUCCCUGGUUGCUGCUAGCCCUUCCCUUAAGUUAGUGUAUGGCUCAGGUGGAUUCUGGUGCAGGUAUACUGGUUUUUCCUUGACUGCUGUUCUCCUUGGGUUUGCUUUGAAAUGUGUUAUAAAUUAAGCAUGUACAUUUAUAUAAUCUAGUACCUCUGCAUAUGGAGUAAAUACUGAAACUCAGUAGCUGUUGGAGGUCUGAUCAUUUCAGUUCAAGCUUUGUACAUCCACUGUAUUCUGGUUCACUGUUGUUUGCUGGAGAAUGUCCCAUCUAAACAAAUAGGCCUUGGUUAAUUUAGCCAAAAAUACAUUUAUGGAGAUAGCUGCUAGAUAUAUCUAAUGGAACAUCUACCCUCCUCCAGGUGCUAAUACACUGUGAUUAUUUUUUUCAUUACCACCAUCUCCACUUGAGAUGCUCUCACAAGGCAAAGACCUUUUCAAGUACACAAUGUUAAGUUUUUAUCUAUAAUGCUGACUCAAUUUCAGUUUAGUAAUAAUGCUACAUAGAAAACCAUAAAAGCAAAAUCCUCAGGACCUUCCUGUGCUGGCUAAGGGUCACAACUGUAUUGUAACAGCGUUUCAUCUUUAAUUCUCAGAAAAAAAAUACUCUUGACUACAGUUCUUUUUGUACUGGCCUUUAUUUUGUGUAUCGAGGCAUUAUUUUCUAAUUCUAAUUGUCAUGGGCUUCAAGGACUUCCUUGGUGUGGACAGUAAGAUGUAAUCUUAAUGAUUAAUAUCUGAUACAUUGGAAACUAGCAAAAUGUUCACUCAGUCACAUACCUUUACACAGUCAGCAAACCUAUACCGUGUUCUCUCUCUCU